ACACCCUGUGUACCACUUUGGCCAGUUUAAAAGAUGAAAUCCUAAUCUAGGCAGGUGUAUACAUAAUCGGGUGUAAUUAUGAUGCUCAGAAAAAAACAUAUGGAAUGAGCUGUGCACAAAAUAUACGCCUGGUUGUGCCAUUAAGUUUUGGUUCCCAUGAGAACAACAACAAAAAAAAAACUGUACUUCACGUGAGGUUGUGUCGCCAUUUUGUCAAGUGAAAACAGAAAGCAUUACGAGGCUACUAUCCUCGAGCCUUUUUAAAGCGUUGGAAAAAAUCUGAGCUCACAAUUGGUCCAUUCUAUUUAAGUGACAAACAUUUGAAGUAACAGCGGAGUUACCACGUAAGAAGGCACGAGGAUUUUUCCGGAAAAAUGUUAAUGUUCAAAAACUACAGACUAAGUUUGUUGGUAAUCAAAUAGUGAGUGGCGAAGAAAGUGAGAUUUUCUUCCAGAAUCAAAAGUCAUCACAAAGUUAAAGAAAACUGUCCAAUCUGGGCAAACAAGGUUGCGGUAUUUGGUGUGGAAAUGAAGACAGAAAAAAACACGUUAUUUAAUGACAGACCAAAUGCUGUGAAACUGGCAGAUCCUGGCACAAUGUUACCAGAGACAAGUAAUAUUCCGGAUUUAAGUUCACCACCGGAUUUAACGCUGCCGAAGUUCCUGCGCCCACUAACUCCCAUCAAUUUUCAGCAAGUCAGUACGCCAGUACAUACUAGUGUUCUCAUAGCGAGCAAGCUGCCUGAAAAUUCAUCUCAUUUUACGAUUAGUCUGCAUGUGAAGCCGACUAUAAAAAUUGAAACAAAGGAUCUUCAUUUUACGGUGCCACCAUCAGAAGCAGGAAUUCCAGAUAUUCGUUUUCGUAAAGGCAAACAUGGGCGUGUAAAACGUCCUAUGAAUGCAUUCAUGGUUUGGGCCAGAAUUCAUAGACCCGCUCUUGCCAAAGCAAACCCAGAAGCAACUAAUACAGAUAUUAGCAUCCAGCUUGGACUGGAGUGGAAUAAACUCACACAAGAGCAGAAGAAACCUUACUAUGAGAAGGCACAACAGAUUAAGAAAAAGCAUGAAGAAAAGUUUCCAAAUUGGGUGUACAAGCCACGAUUUGGAAAGAUGAAGCGUAUUCUGUCAAGUGGUACCACUCAAUGUUCUUCAGGUAGCAGUACAGAUAAAACUAGCAAAACUCCAUGUACACAUCUAGCAGAACUUCCCUGCCAGCAAACUACCCUCCGUGCGGUCAUUCCAGCUCUCAAGACUGAUCCGGGUCACCGAGCUAGUAAAGUCCAUUCAGCUGCUGAGUUACAAGCUGCCAUAGCCCAGCAUUUGGCUCCCACUUCCUCUUUACCGCAUAAUGUCAGUCCUGCUAAGGCAGUUGUCUCAUCAUCAGAUUUGCCACUUGGACCAUCUAUGUGCGCCAUGGUACCUACCCAGCUGGAGAGCCAUACUAACCUAAUGGGACAAAGUUGUUCAGCAAAUAGCUCAGCAGUGAGACUCACAGGCAUUAUGUCAGAAAGUUCCAUCAGGUAUCAAAACAGUGGAAGCACUACCUUUAGCAAAUUAGCAACUACAGAUAGUCAGCAGACCACGGAAGUUUGUUGUGCAGGUUGCCACAGACAUUUAUUACUGCCUCAAGCACUGCCAGCGCCUUAUCCACAUGUCUACCAGCCUUCACCAAAUGGACUUCCAGCAAGUGUCCCUGAGCCUUAUUCUCAGCUUCCCUCUGUUCAUGUGUGGUUUUUACCAGAAUCACAACAGUUUUCAUCAAGUGCCUUCCUGUAUAACCGACCCGCUUGUGGCCCUGAAAAUGUUCCUUAUCAAAUACCUAAUUGUUUCACAUGCCCAGAAGAUUGUUAUCAAAACCAUAAAGCUAUAUAUUUCAAUCCUAAACAGGGAUUAUUCUUUUAGGGAGUUCAGUGAUAACACAGUGUUACACUCUUUGUAAACAUUAUUAAAUAUAACAGCACAAUGGCAACUUGCUUGAAAUAACAAACUCAGUAAAAUUCAGCCAAGCAUAUAUUUUUGCAGUUUUGCUUAUUUCCCAAAAGGUAACUUUUCAGUCAGAGAAUGCCUGUGUUCAGAAUGUAAUAACUUCACUGUGGGUUUGCUAAUGCUAAGGGUAUCUAGAUGAUGUGUCUCAUUGUGAGCCAUAAUGCUGAUGAACAAAAACAGGAGAACAAAAUAUUAAAAAUUGUUGUAAGCAUUAAAUGUGAAAUGCAGCAACAAAUUGUUUGAAAUAAAGAACAUUUAAAAUUU